UGUCGCUUGUUUCAGGUACCACUUGAAAUUCUGGGAUGUCGUGAUGUGCUGCUUAGACAUUUCAAAUGUUGGUCUUUGCCUUUGCAGACGGGCAGUGUGUCACUCUGCGGUUCGCGGCCAACGAUGAGGACUUGCCCAUUCCAGCGCAGCCUACGACGCCCGCUUCCGCCGCCGACAGUGACGAUAUGCACCCGCUAGCCACUCCUGAAGCAUCCGCUGAGGACGUAGAACUCUGGAGUAGUCGCAAAACAAAGUUCUUCAUCUCCAAAUACUCGGAGAUGAAGGACUUAGUUGGAAGAAGUAGAGCCUUAAGAACGAGAAAGCUUUUGUGGCUAAAACUUGCAGAACUUUUGAACGAGGAGUUCAGCUGCAACGUCAUUGCCACUCAAGUACAAAAUAAAUGGAAAUCAUUGGACCGUUCCUACAAAAAAUCAAGAAAAGAGAACAGUUCGUCUGGGCACCACCGUGUGAGCUGUGAACACGAGCAAGAGCUGGCUGACAUACUCGAAAAACAGCACAGUGUGAACACCACAUUGCUGUUGGAGCCCGGAGCAACAAUCCUGUCAAGUGGAAACUCAGGGGGAAGCACGACAGAUGAACGGCCUGAGGACCUACCAGCACCAACAGAGGGCGACAGAGCCCCAAAGAGGAAGCGAAACAGCCGUUCUAAGCUUGCUCCCCUCUUAGAAGCUAUAGAAAAAAUUGGUGAGGCAAAAAAAAAGCAAGAGGAGGCGAGAGCAGAGCAAUUUGAAGCUCGCAAGAAAUGGGAAGAGGCCAAGGCCAAGCGGCAUGAAGAACGCAUGGCUCAGUUUGACCGCCUAGCAUUUAUUUGCUAA